AGUACGGCCGGAGGCGCAUGGAGGGCUCCUCGGAGGGGAAAGCGCCCGCGGGGGCACUAGCAGCCGUGCUAAAGCACAGCUCAGCCCUACCACCCGAGAGUGCACAGGUCCGGGGCUAUGACUUCAGCCGCGGCGUAGACUACCACUUGCUAAUGGAGGCUUUCGGAACCACCGGCUUUCAGGCUACCAACUUCGGACGUGCAGUGCAGCAAGUGAACGCAAUGAUUGAGAAGAAACUGGAACCUUUGUCGGAGGAGGAGGACCAGCAUGCAGACCUGACCCAGAGCCGCCGCCCGCUCACCGGCUGCACUAUUUUUCUGGGCUACACGUCCAACCUCAUAAGUUCAGGAAUCCGUGAGACCAUCCGCUACCUUGUACAGCACAACAUGGUGGAUGUCCUGGUGACCACGGCUGGGGGCGUGGAAGAGGAUUUAAUCAAAUGCCUGGCACCCACAUACCUGGGCGAAUUUAGCCUCAAGGGAAAGGAGCUCCGGGAGAAUGGGAUCAACAGGAUUGGGAACCUAUUGGUGCCUAAUGACAAUUACUGCAAAUUUGAAGACUGGCUGAUGCCCAUUUUGGACCAGAUGGUGCUAGAGCAGAACACCGAGGGUGUGAAGUGGACACCAUCCAAGAUGAUCGCCCGGCUUGGCAAGGAGAUCAACAAUCCUGAGUCAGUGUAUUACUGGGCCCAGAAGAACCACAUUCCUGUGUUCAGUCCAGCGCUCACAGAUGGCUCACUGGGCGACAUGAUCUUCUUCCAUUCUUACAAGAACCCUGGCCUGGUCCUGGACAUUGUUGAAGACCUGAGGCUCAUCAAUACACAAGCCAUCUUUGCCAAGCGCUCUGGAAUGAUCAUCCUGGGUGGAGGCCUGAUCAAGCAUCAUAUUGCCAAUGCCAACCUCAUGCGGAAUGGGGCUGACUAUGCAGUCUACAUCAACACGGCCCAGGAGUUUGAUGGCUCCGACUCAGGUGCCCGGCCAGAUGAGGCUGUCUCUUGGGGCAAGAUCCGGGUGGAUGCACAGCCUGUGAAGGUCUAUGCUGAUGCCUCCCUGGUCUUCCCCUUGCUUGUGGCUGAAACCUUUGCUCAGAAAGUAGAUGCCUUCGUGCCUGAGAAGAACGAGGACUGAGCAGUUGAUGCCCCAGGGAGGUCUCACCCUGCCUAUAUUUAUUAGUUUGAAAACCCAGCCCCUUGCCCCUCUCUGGUCACCACUGUGUCCGACAUAAAAAUGAUCUCAGUCUUCCUUC